AUGAGCCACACUGUCCAAUCCUUCUUCACUCCCGCCAGCACCAGCCGUCCACCCAACUAUGAGAUGCUGAGGGAAGAGCAUGAGGUGGCUGCGCUGGGGGUGCCCCACAACCCAGCUCCCCUGACAUCCACUGUGAUCCACAUCCACAGCGAGACCGCUGUGCCCGACCAUGUCGUCUGGUCCCUGUUCCACACCCUCUUCAUGAACUCCUGCUGCCUGGGCUUCAUAGCGUUCGCCUACUCUGUGAAGUCUAGGGACAGGAAGAUGGUUGGUGUCCUGACCAGGGCCCAGGCCGAUGCCUCCACCGCCAAAUGCCUGAAAAUCUGGGCCCUGAUCAUGGGCAUCAUCAUGACCAUUCUGCUGAUCAUCAUCCCAAUACUGAUUCUGCAAGCCUAUCAAUAGAUCGAGAGGAAUCAUCCAGGCCAGGGGCUCUGCCCGUGACCUGUUCCCCACAUACUCCACCUUCCAUUCCUCACCCUGCCCCGAGCCAAGUCCUGUAUCAGCCCUUUGUC